UUUUUUUUAAAGCGAUGUUGCUAGGAAACAAAUGAUGCGCGAGAUUGUUCAUGUUGACAAUUCAGUCGUCUGUCACACACGUCGAUAAAUGAUGUCCUGCUCAGUUUUACUGGAUAACAACGCCAAGCCGAAGUCCAUGAGCCGAGCAAAGCACUGGACAGGAGAGAUUGAGAACCUCUACAGAUUUCAACAAGCUGGAUACAGAGAUGAGAUGGAGUACAGACAAAUCAAACAAGUUGAGAUUGACCGUUGGCCGGACACUGGGUUUGUGAAGAAGCUUCAGCGUCGGGAUAACACCUUUUACUACUAUAACAGAAAGAGGGAGUGUGAAGAUCGAGAGGUCCAUAAAGUGAAGGUGUACGCGUACUGACAGCUCUUCGACCUAGCCAGCACUUAUGUCAUUUUCUAUUUUUAAGUUUUGUAAUACAUUGUGUGGCUUUACAAAAGUGCAUGAUCAGAGUUGGUUCAUUGUGUCUAAGUCUUGGUACAAUUUUUAAUUAAAAGAAAUUAUUUAAAUAAGAA